GAAAGGCAACAUGGCGAUUUGGCAAUGAACCGAAGCAUAAGUAUAUAGCAUUUGUGUUAUAACACCAUAGAAAGGAUGACAUCAAUGCAGGAGCUUCCUUGCUAUGGAUUAAAUUUUUCAAUUAAUUUAAUCAAGUGAACUGAUAUGAGACGAUUUUUCGAACUUAUCGAAUAUAAACAAUCUCAUAAUAUAAACGAAUACUCGUCGUGAUUAAAAGAGCAAACCGAAAAUCAAAAUAAAAGUAUUAUUCUCUCUAAAGAUCGUUCUCGUGACCAAAAAUGUCUCAAGAAGACGACGUAGGCUUUUUAUAUAAAACAAUGAUCGAAAGGGAUCCAAAAAAGAGAAGAGUAAAGCCUGUUGAAUCUGCGCAACAGUCAUUACUAGAUUUUGAUUUAGGCGAAAGCUCUGAUGAUAGUGAUUUUAGAAUCGAAGAUCAUUGCGAAGAAUCAGAUGAUGACUCAGUUGAUUCUAAUGAUGUCGGAAAAGAAGAAGAAGAUGGAUCGGAAGAUUCAGAUGAUUCUUUAGGCGAUCCGUUGUUAAAUACAAAAGAAAACACUGGUCUCACUGUGGGAGAUGUUAUAGAACAAGCUCGUCAGCAAGCGAUGAAAAGUGGACCAAUGGAUGAGAAAUUGAACAAAAUGCUUAUUUGUUGUGGUUGUCUUGGUGACAGAAGCGAUGAUGUUAAUGAAAUUGUUGAAUGUGAUGGAUGUGGAGUUAGUGUUCAUGAAGGAUGCUAUGGCGUAUCAGAUGUAGAGAGUUUUUCCAGUACUGAUUCAUUGUGCCAAUCAGCUCCAUGGUUUUGUGAAGCUUGCAGUGCAGGCAUUGAAGAUCCAUCGUGUGAACUUUGCCCUAAUAAAGGUGGAAUUUUUAAAGAAACUGAUGUAGGAAAAUGGGUUCAUUUAGUCUGUGCUCUUUAUGUACCUGGUGUAGCUUUUGGCGAGGUGGAUCGCUUAUCUAGUGUAACACUUUUUGAAAUGGCAUAUAGCAAAUGGGGUGCAAAGCAAUGUUCUUUAUGCGAAGAUGCACGUUUUUCUCGUACUGGAGUUUGUAUCGAAUGCGAUGCUGGAAUGUGCCAUACAUAUUUUCAUGUUACUUGUGCUCAGCGAGAAGGUUUAUUAUCUGAAGCACAUAGUGAAGAGGUGGAUCAAGCUGAUCCAUUUUAUGCACAUUGCAAAUUACAUUCAGAUAAACUUCUUGUUCGCAGACGCAAACGCAAUUGGCUAGCAUUGCAAUUACGUGCUCAAUAUCGACAGCAGCUUUUAAAACAACCAAACCAUUUAGAUACAGAGGAGCAGCGCAGAAUUCAAAGGAAAUUGGCAAAGCACAGACAUAAAUAUCUAGCCCAUAAAGCAUCUCGUCCACCUCCUUGGGUACCAACUCAGAAAAUGCCUCGUCUUUUAACUACAUCCGCAUCUGCGUGUCGACAAUUAGCAAAAAAAGCUAAAUUAAUGGGCGUUGAUACGACAGUGUUAGAAACACAGGAGGCGCAACUUGUAGCUUUAGUGGAUGUAAGAAAAAAAUGGCACAUCCCUCCAGCCUUCAGCGUAGAGUUCAUAGGAUAUUACUUGGAUCGCAAUUUACGUCUCACUUCGAUGAAAAGAAGAUUACAGGAACUUCUCGACAUUAAUUCAGAGUUGUUAAAUGAACAACAAAGAUUAGAUAGAAAAUACGAUGAAGUUAUGAAGGACAAUGAAGAACAAAUUAGGGUAAACGUAACGUUAAAAGAACAAAUCGACAUGUAUCAUCAAAUGCUACGAAAUAGUGGUUACGUUAAACCAUUGCCUUUAAUAGCAGAUUUAGCAAAACCAAGAAUCGCACCUACACUUGGUACGGGAUUAGGUGUACCAACUGCAGCUGCAUUAAAAAUGGGUGUUGGUUUUCCCCUACCAGUGGGAAAAGGAGCAGAAGGUAUUCGUGAAGGUAGAGUACUGAGUAGUCAAGCUCAUGAUCAAAAUCACAAAAGCGAAUUGACUUUGAGACACCAGUGUGGCAUAUGUAGAAGAUCUACUAAUCAACAUCUUCUUGCAAAAUGUGAUACAUGUCAUCUUCAUUACCAUUUGUCUUGUUUAAGUCCUCCUCUGUCUCGUAUGCCUAAAAAAACCAAACUUAUGGGAUGGCAAUGUUCCGAAUGCGAUAAAGAAUCUUCUGGAUCGGAGGUUGAACGUGUAGAUACGUCUGCUCCUCGUAAAUUAAGGCAUUGUAAGGAUGAUUCUAAUUUAACAUCCACACCACCUCAAGAAAUUCAAGCACCUAUGACACCAACUACACCAACCACAUCCAAAAAUGCAUCUACACCACUUAACAAUGUAACAAACGUUACUGUUCCUGAUACGCCUACUACGCCAAAGUUAACCAUAAAACCUAUGUGCCCACAACCUUCGGUAACAGAACAAAUCCAACUGGCUGAAUCAACACAUAAUCAACAAUGUACUAAUAAUGUUACUAUUGCACCAAGAGAAGGUUCUCCCGAAUAUAUGGUAGCCUCCGCAGAUGGUACAGAAUCUGUUUCACAAAGGAGUGCAAAAAAAAGGCGAAGAGAAAAGCAUAAGAGGUAUACACCUGAUCCAAUCACCGGAGUAAAACAAAGAAAACGAAAACACAAAAGAAAAAGUCUUGAUAUUGAAAAUCCAGAUUUGCAGGCACAACCAGAAGUUCAUAGACGAAUUACUAUAAAGAUAAAACCAAUUCCACGGCCGGAUGGAGAUGUAGCUUCAAAAUCUAGCCCACAGAUGUUUGUUGCUACGUCAACGAGUACAGAAAUUACACCGCCACCGCCAACGCUUAAACUUUUACCACCACCGCUUCCACCACCUUCUACAAAUGUUGUGGCAAUGAAUACAACUAGUAAUAUUAACGUAAAUAAUAAUACCCGAUUACAAGCAGGAAAUGUGAAGAGGGGAAAAGAUGCGGAUCUUCUUACGCAGUGUAAUGUCUGUGAUACUCCUGGUACCAGUCAAAAUCUUGUAAUGUGCGAUGAAUGUAAAAAAUGCUAUCACUUCACGUGCUUAGACCCUCCAGUGAAAAAAUCUCCAAAAAGAAGAGGCUAUUCUUGGCAUUGUGCUGACUGCGAUCCUAGUGCCUCUGAGUCAGAGACUUAAUAUCACCCAUUUUACGUCUGCAGCCAUAGUACUGCAUUCACUUAUUCAAAGGCAAUGUCAUUUAUCAGUGUCAUUAUAAUUUUGUAAAGUAAAAUUAAAACAAAAAAAAAUUAAUAAAAUUAAAUAAAAAA